UGAUAAGUGUUCGGUAAUUAAAUUUGGUGUUUGAAUAAGAAAAUGGCGGGAGUACGAGAUUUUAUAUUCUAUGCAUAGAUAACACUAUACAAACGUAGAUAAUUAAAUGUAGUCAUUAUAUUGCCAUUGUAUUGUGGUGAUUUAAUUUAAAUCAAUGGCUUUAAUGGGACUUUGGAACACACUCGUUGGUGCCAACGAAAAGGAAUAUAACUGGAAUGAAGUAGCUACGUUGUAUUUAGACACACGUAAGAAGUAUUUUUCGGUGUCCGAGAUUGAUAAGGAAGCAGUGCCAAUCGUGUUCUCUGAGUCCCAUAAAAUUGGGUUCAACAAAACGGGCUUCGGAUAUACGCCCAUUAACUUCGUCUCCAUUUUCCACAUUGAUAGUAGAAAAGCGGAAGUGAAAAUGCCAAGCGGUAACAUCGACCAGCCCACGAUCGAGGACAACAGAGAUGGAACCGUCAGCAUCAAGUACGAGCCACGUGAGGAGGGGGUCCACGAGCUCUAUGUCAAGUACAAUGGGGAGCAUGUGCAAGGUUCCCCCUACAAGUUCCACGUGGACUCCAUCCCCUCGGGAUACGUGACUGCAUACGGCCCUGGUCUCAUCAGCGGUGUGAGCGGUGAACCCAGCCAGUUCACCAUCAGCACCAAGGGAGCUGGCUCUGGUGGUCUUUCGCUUGCUGUGGAAGGGCCUAGUAAAGCUGAGAUCACCUGUCACGACAAUAAAGAUGGUACAGUGGCUGUAUCUUUCCUGCCAACUGCGCCUGGUGAAUACAAGGUGUCGGUCAGGUUUGGAGACAAGCAUAUCAAGGGAUCACCGUUUAUGACCAAGGUGACAGGCGAAGGUCGUAAGAGGAACCAGAUCUCCGUCGGCAGCUGCAGUGAAGUCACGCUUCCUGGAAAGAUCAGUGACAAUGACAUUAGGAGUCUUAAUGCUUCCAUCCAGGCUCCAUCAGGUCUGGAGGAGCCGUGCUUCCUCAAACGGCUCCCAUCAGGCAACAUCGGCAUCAGCUUCACUCCCCGGGAGGCAGGCCAGCACAUCGUGUCCGUCAAGAAGAUGGGUGUGCACAUCCAGAACUCCCCGUUCACCAUCACCGUGCAAGAGCAGGAAGUUGGUGACGCUAAGAAAGUCAAGGUCUCUGGUAGCGCUUUGAAGGAGGGCAAAACCCAGGGGGAAAACACCUUCACGGUGGACACCAGGAACGCUGGUUAUGGUGGUCUCUCACUAUCUAUUGAAGGCCCGAGCAAAGCUGAGAUUCAGUGCGCUGACAGCAAAGAUGGCGUGCUGGCCAUCAGCUACAAACCUACUGAACCGGGCUACUAUAUCGUGAACCUUAAGUUCGCUGACCAUCAUGUGGAAGGAUCGCCAUUCACUGUCAAGGUGUCCGGAGAAGGCAGUAACCGCCAGCGGGAGAAGAUCCAGCGGCAGCGCGACCCCGCGCCCCUCACUGAAGUUGGCACUAACUGCAAGCUUACAUUCAAAAUGCCUGGUAUCACAUCAUUCGACCUGGCGGCCACGGUCACCAGUCCGGGCGGUGUCUCCGAAGACGCCGAGAUCCAGGAGGUAGAGGACGGCCUGUACUCCGUCCACUUCGUCCCCAAGGAGCUGGGCGUCCACACCGUGUCUGUGAAAUACAGGGAGAUUCACAUUCCUGGAUCACCCUUCCAAUUCACCGUGGGGCCACUCCGCGACUCCGGGGCCCACUUGGUCAAGGCUGGGGGCACAGGCCUCGAGAGGGGCGAAGCCGGCCGCUUUAACGAGUUCAAUGUAUGGACCAGAGAGGCUGGUGCUGGACAACUCGCGAUCUCCCUUGAGGGACCGAGUAAAGCUGAGAUCGACUUCAAGGACAGAAAGGAUGGAUCCUGCGACGUGUCGUAUAAGGUUGAUGAGCCUGGUGAAUACCGUAUUGGCUUGAAAUUCAACGAGCAGCACAUCCCAGACUCUCCAUUCAAAGUGUACAUCAGUCCAGCGGUGGGAGACGCUCACCUCCUGGAGGUGGCGCAGUUCCCUGACUCGGCGCAAGUGGACAAACCAACCCAGUUCUACAUCAGGCUGAAUGGUGCUAAGGGACAAUUGAGUGGCACUGUGGUGUCGCCAACAGGCAAGACGGAUGACUGCUUCAUCCAGAACAUUGAUGGAGACCAGUACUCCAUAAGGUUCAUGCCCCGGGAGAACGGGGUACACAACAUCAAUGUUAAAUUCAAUGGUGUGCAUAUACCCGCAUCGCCUUUGAGGAUCAAGGUUGGCAAAGAUGAUGCCGAUCCAGCAGCUGUCCACGCUCACGGAGCUGGUCUGGGCACAGUUAAGACUGGCGCCAAAACGGACCUGAUCAUCGACACCUGUAAUGCUGGAUGCGGUAUCCUCGCCGUCACAAUGGACGGCCCUUCAAGGGUCGCCAUGGACUGCACUGAGGUUGAGGAGGGCUAUAAGGUGCGAUACACGCCUCUGGCCCCCGGUUUUUACUACAUGAGCAUCAAGUACAACGGCCACCACAUUGUGGGAUCGCCCUUCAAGAUUGAGGCCACAGGAGAGAACCUUGCGGAGAUCGGUGCGCAAGAAACGAGCUCCGUGACAGUGGAAACAGUCCAAAAGGUGUCCAAAGCUGCGCAGAAGCAGGGCCCGGUGUUGCCGCACUUCAAGUCCGACGCCACGAAGGUCGUCAGCAAGGGCAUGGGCCUGAAGAAGGCGUAUUUGAACAAGCACAACCAGUUCACGGUGCACGCUGGUGAUGCGGGUAAUAAUAUCCUAUACGUGGGUAUCUACGGCCCCAAGGGUCCCUGCGACGAGGUCCAACUGAAGCAUAAGGGUAAAAACAACUACGAAUGCUGGUACGUAGUGAGGGACAGAGGGGAGUACAUCGUGAUCGUCAAGUGGGGGGAGGAGCACAUCCCCGGAUCUCCUUAUAAGGUUGAGGUCUAGAUCCAGAUCUGGAAGGUCUGGAUAUGUAGAUUUACUUUGAUUUAGAUAUGUUAAAGUUUUGUAUCAGUGUCUGGUGUUGCUUCGGAUUUGUGGUCAGUUUCACAACUUCUGAAUAUGUUCUGAUUAGCUUAUCUGUCAGUUAUGAGGACAAAUUGUGCUUGAAUAUAUGAGUCAGUGUCGAAUAAACUAUCAGUAACUUUAUUAGGAAGUGGUGAUACUGGCCUUAAAUCUUAUAAAAUAUCUUUUGUUAUACGCUCUGUGAAAUAUUUGUUACAUAGAUAUCACGAAAUAAAGGGAAAGAGUCUUUUUGUGUCUAAAGAUUAUUUUUCGAUUGACCUGCGUUAUUAUUAUGGAUUUAGUUCAGUAGGUAUAUCAUUUUAUUUGGUUAUUGAGAAAAAAAUCAAGUGUAUUUUAAUAAGUAUCAUAAACAACCUGUAGCAUAUAUAUAGUAGAUAUAUACAGUAUCGACAAAUUGCCUCUUGUUUUAUGUUCUUGGUACUAAUAUAGUGCAUUUAAUUGCACUGUAUUUAAAUGUUCAUUGCACAAAUGGAAGUAAAUCUACAUAUUAUGUUGUUUAACAAGUCAAGUGGUUGCUAGUCGAAAAAAAUUAUCCUUUACGGAUUCUAGUCAUCUAAAAGGUUAGCUCUUUAUUAAUUAGGAUUUUGGAAGUGUCUUAUCAGUUUAUUCGCUUUUGAAUUUUAAAUUUAUUAUCAAUCUUCUUACUAUUUUUACUAUCAUCAUUAUUUAUAUGAUUUUCGUUUAGUAUUAGGGCGACUAAAUGACAAUACAUAUAAAAUAAAAAUAUUCCUCUAUACGUAAGUUGUAAGGUGCGAUAUCUUUACAAAAACUUCGCGCGAAUUGUUUAUUUAUAAAUUUUUCUACAGCUUUUUCUUGAAAAAGUUGAUACGGAGAAAUGCUCUCGGAUUCGGGCGUAGUUUUUGCUGUAAGGCCAUUUCAGACAUGAUUUUCUCUUUCCGUUUUAAUUCUACUAACUCGACCCCAACAAAAUCUGUAUCUGUUAAUGGCCUUAUUCUAUAAACUAUUGUAUCUUGUUUAAUCUAAGUGUAUUGUAAUUUGCUUUCUAAUUUGAAUGGUUUGUGCUGUAUGAGUUUUACCUACGUAGGUAGAAUGACCCCAUAUUAUUGUAAAUACCUACUUUAAGUAUAUAUUAUUUGCGACUGUUAACUAAAUAAAUAGAUAAAGUUCAA